AACCAAAACGGAUUAGAUAGAAAGAAAGGGAAAGCAACUAAACAUUCUCUCUCAGUCCUUAAAUUCUCAUCGCAACACAACACUCUCAUUCACACUCCAAAAUGGUGACCUCGUCGCAAAAGAUUCUGGUUACCGGCGGUGCCGGUUUCAUAGGCACCCACACCGUGGUCCAGCUUCUCAAAGGAGGCUUCAGUGUUUCAAUAAUCGACAAUUUCGAUAACUCCGUCGUGGAAGCAGUGGACCGCGUCCGCCAAGUGGUGGGCCCUCAGCUUUCUCAGAACCUGGAAUUCACCCAGGGCGAUCUCAGGAAUAGGGAUGACUUGGAGAAACUCUUCUCCAGAACAACUUUUGAUGCCGUGAUCCACUUUGCUGGCCUGAAAGCGGUUGCUGAAAGCGUUUCCAAGCCCCGUCGCUAUUUUGAUUUUAAUUUGGUCGGCACCAUCAACCUCUACCAAGUUAUGGCAAAGUAUAAUUGCAGAAAGGUUCGCACCUUACCCACAUUUUUAUCACGCCCUACUUUUAACUUUAUAAUUAUGGUUUUCUCAUCAUCUGCAACCGUUUAUGGCCAACCUGAAAAGAUACCGUGUGAGGAGGAUUUCAGGUUACAAGCUAUGAAUCCCUAUGGACGGACCAAGCUUUUCCUGGAAGAAAUUGCCCGAGAUAUUCAGAAAGCUGAACCAGAAUGGAAGAUCAUAUUACUGAGGUACUUCAAUCCGGUUGGGGCUCAUGAAAGUGGUAAACUCGGUGAAGAUCCCAAGGGCAUCCCAAAUAACCUCAUGCCUUACAUUCAGCAAGUAGCCGUUGGAAGAUUGCCGGAACUCAAUGUAUAUGGCCAUGAUUAUCCCACAAGGGAUGGCUCUGCGAUCCGGGACUAUAUCCAUGUGAUGGACUUAGCAGAUGGUCAUAUUGCUGCCUUGCGAAAGCUCUUCACAACAGAGAACAUAGGUUGUACUGCUUACAACCUGGGAACUGGUCGUGGAACAUCCGUGCUUGAAAUGGUUACAGCAUUUGAAAAGGCGUCUGGCAAGAAAAUUCCAGUAAAAUUAUGUCCAAGAAGACCGGGAGAUGCUACUGAGGUUUAUGCAUCUACAGAGAGAGCUGAGAAAGAACUUGGAUGGAAAGCAAAAUAUGGUGUGGAUGAGAUGUGCAGGGACCAAUGGAAUUGGGCAAAGAACAAUCCCCAGGGUUACACGGGGAAGCCUUGAGUUAGCUUGAGAAAUAUACUGCUCAUCUACGAAUGUUUUCCACACAAAUAGGCAUCUCUUUAUAGAAUACUUUUAUGUUGGAUGAUUUGUUUAGGCAGUUCGUUGUAUAAUCUCGAGAAUAAAAAUUUGGCCGCAUUUCAAGAAGUAAAAACUAUGUAUUUUAACAAUAUCUUUAAAUUAGACUGGCCAUCGAUUUCAUAUUGAGAGAAGUUUAUCCAGUCCA